GGACUCUUCUCCAGGCUGACAGCUGGCACAUCUUGAGAAGCGUACUUCUACUUAAAAAUGAAUUUGAACAGCACCUGACCAAAAUAGCCUGGAAGGAAAGUCCUGUUGCAACAUAUAUGACAUUUCUGAACCAACCAUUGCAUGAAGUACCUCCUGCUAAAGAUGGCUCAGACCCGGGCAGUUUUGGCUGCACUUCUUUGCUUGUUAAUCAACCUAGUUCAAAGGCCAGCUUAUAACAUGGUGAAUGUGGAGGCUGGUCAUGAGGCUAUAUUGAGUUGCUCUUAUCUCUCCAAAGUACCUUUGCUAAUGGUAAUAUGGAGGAUGAAAUCCAGUACUUACUGCUUUUUGGCCUAUAGAAGUGAUAAAAAUGAGACAAGAAAGGUAAACUGCAGUGAGAGGAUGACAUGGAAAUAUUCACCCAACAGUGAUCCUGCUCUUCGUAUUUACCCUGUGAACCUUGGUGAUGAGGGAAAUUACACCUGUGAAAUUGUCAGCAGUAAUGGGAAUUUUCUUUCUUUUUCUUCUCUGACUGUGAUAGUUCCUCCUACAGUGACUUUGACCUCUGACAGAAGUGGGGUAGUUGUUUGUCAAGCCUCCUCAGGAAAGCCAGCUGCAGAAAUCUCCUGGAUGCCUGCAAAUAACCACAGCACGGAGGAAGUUCAUCAUCCCAAUGGAACAGUAACCAGAGUGAGCUAUAUAGGAUGGGACAGCAGCAUGCAUCCCACUGUGACCUGUCUCGUUACCCAUCCAGCUACAAACAAGACUCUGUCCCUAGAUCUAUCAUAUGUUUCCCUCAAACUUCACUAUCUCCUGAUAGGAGGAUCUGCAAGUGUUGCUGCUGUCAUUUGUUUUGGUGUGAUUUUAUGCUUGGUUUUCAGGUGCAAGGCUUCACGUAAGUCGGCACGUGGACCAGCAGCACCGAUCACAACUAAGAACUUCAGGUCAACCCCACAGCAUAAGGAACCACCUGCAGUCAACCUUUCUGCUUUAUCAGAGAGUAUCUAUAUGAAUUACAAUCCAAGGAUUAUGAGAGUAUGAACUCUUAACAGUGGAGGCACAAGCAGUCUAAUACCAGCUCAGCUACUAAUGAGAGUCAAUUACCUGAAUUUGUACUUAGCAACAAAUGUUGGACCUUGUUGCACAGCAGGCCAGUAGAACACCCUGCUCUCCAAAAACCUUUGCCUUUCCUGACUUGAAGACAGCUGGGGAAAGUAACCUGUUUUAGUAACUUAUUUCUCUUUUUCUCUAAAUAUCAAUACAGCUUUUGAAACUUUUGAAAAUUUUAAAGUCUAAGUUGGAGAAAUGCACAUCUGAAUAUUGUAGAAAAAAUCUUCCCUCAAAUCAAUAAUUAGCAUACUUUUGUGCCAAAAUAACAGACCGAUGGUAAAAAUGUAGCACUUUUUCUCAUUUUAGUGACUAGAUUCCCUUUGCAAUUUUGUGGUGAAGCUCAGGAAGUGACACAGGGGUCCCCAAAGCAGAGAAGGCCAAGGAGCAUCAUCCAACAGAACUGUAGAAAUAAAAGAGGUUUUCUAUUUGGAUAGUUUCAUGCAGCAGAAGACAUUCUGGU